UUCGCUUUCUUAGGGAAUCAAUAAAAUCUUAUCAGGUUGCCCUGGGUUAAAAGCCUCUACAUCUCUCGUAGUGACCUACAGCUUUCUGUUCUCUUAGUGGGAAUAAUGUGACGGCAGCAGAAUCCUGACUGAUCUGUCUCUUGUUCUGCAGGUCUUGUUUCAGGUCUAGGAUGGGGCGGUCCUCCAAAGACAAGCGGGACAUAUACUACCGUCUGGCUAAGGAAGAGGGCUGGAGGGCCAGGAGCGCUUUCAAGCUGCUGCAGCUGGACCACCAGUUCAACUUGUUUUCAGGUGUGAACCGAGCCGUGGAUCUGUGUGCAGCACCAGGCAGCUGGAGUCAGGCUCUCAGCCGCAAACUCAGAGGCAGAGAGGAGGAGGUGAAGAUUGUUGCAGUGGACCUGCAGGCCAUGGCUCCUCUACCAGGAGUCACUCAGAUUCAGGGAGACAUCACUAAGGUGUCCACAGCUAAAGAGAUAAUCCGCCACUUCGAGGGACAGCCAGCCAACCUGGUGGUGUGUGAUGGAGCUCCAGACGUAACUGGACUCCAUGAUGUGGAUGAGUAUAUCCAGGCUCAGCUCCUAUUAGCUGCUCUGAACAUCACCACUCACAUCCUGACACCUGGAGGAACUUUUGUAGCCAAGAUCUUUAGAGGUAAAGAUGUAACUCUACUGUACUCUCAGCUGAAGAUCUUCUUCAGCAGUGUGACCUGUGCCAAGCCUCGCAGCAGUAGAAACUCGAGCAUUGAGUCCUUUGUGGUUUGUCAGAAUUAUUCUCCCCCAGAGGGUUAUAUCCCCAACAUGUCCAACCCUCUGCUGGACCAAUCAUAUGAUGUGGACUUCAACCAGCUAGAAGGAUCGAACCGCGUCAUUGUUCCCUUCUUAGCAUGUGGAGACCUCAGCGCCUUUGAUUCGGACAGAACCUAUCCCCUACAGCUUGAUGCUAGUAAAGAAUACGAGUAUAUUCCCCCCACACAGCCACCUAUCCGGCCUCCAUAUGAGCAGGCCUGCCACUUUCGCAAACACAACUUGCUGUCCAGAGAGGAUGCUCCUCCCAUCAGUCCCACCCACAGCCAAGAAGAACAGGAACCAGCCAAGACCUCAUGACCCUUAAGUAGUGCUAGUGGAAAAAGGCCCUGGACAUUCUGCAGAUCAUAAUCUGUUAAGUCGCCCUGGUGCCCCAAGCAGUAGGAUGUGUUUUAAUGAGUUGACAUCUGAAAGAUAAAGGCUAUGACAUCUUACUGUAGUAGGACGUGUGCGUGGUAGAAGAUUGGAGUUCCAACCUGAUCACAAUAGGAGGAUGUGUCUCAGAGUAAAGGUAAAAUCAUCUGAUGGCUUCUUAAACAAUAACAAAUUUAAACAUGAACAUUGUCGUAGGAAGUAAAAUGUCAAUUUUAUGUCAUGAGGUUUUAAAAGGAAUCCUUAAUUUUUGUCAUUAGAUAAAACAUCACGACAACUGACUAACUGAAACUAACUUGUCAAAUAAACAAUUCCUUUCUAAAAUUGUCAUAAAGGAA